AUGCAGUCCUCAGUUCAGAUGUCCCCUAGGAACAUCAUCAUCACACUCCCCACGGAGGUGAUUCAACAACUCGCUGGGCACGAUGACGAAGUGGAGGAACAGGCCACUCUGGCCUACACCUCCGCGUCCUUGCGUUCGAUCCUCAUCCCGCGGACGAACAGCAUCGUCUCCGCCUAUGUGACGAUUCGGUCGUUCGAGCUCAAGAACAUCUUCCUGGUUCUCAACCAGUUCGGCGGUGAGAACUUCAGGAAUGGACUUAAGUAUGCUGGCCACGCCGAGAUGUCCUGCUGGUUCCCUCCACCGCCGACCUAUGCCAGGACACUCCCCUGGGAGUUCCCCACCGAGACCUACGCGAUUGUCAAGCUCAUCGUCGAGAACGAGCGCGUGGUCUAUAACCUUGCACGUAAGUAUCUAACUCCCGGUCACGAAAGUAUUCUUGCUGCUCUCAAGGCCACUGUCAACAUUGACAGCUGGAAUGCCGCCAAUGAUCUCCUAGAGUACGCCACUGAGGGGCAGUUCAUGCAGGCAUUCACUUACUCUUGCCUGUUCCUGAACACGAACAUGGCGAUUGAGUUCCUCGAUCUUGUCGAUAGCGACCACUGGGAGGAUCUGACCACACCCUUGAUCGAGUGCGCAAUCACUACAUUCAACGGGCCCAUGGUUGAUCUCCUCAUCGAUGGAGAUGCAGAUAUUCAGGAUAAGUUCCAGAUCUGGAACAGAUUGAUCUCGCGCCGCGCGGAUGUUCAUACGACUGAUCUUGAUGGGCGCACUGUUCUUCACCACCUCGCGAGACAUGGACCUCAUCGCAGCCGCAACCGCAGGAACACCGCGACUUUCAAUCCCCAGAUGACCCCGAUCGGCGAAGCCUAUAGGUCGAUGAUCCUCAGUGUCACCGAGUGCGAACGCAAUGCGAAUAAUGAAUGGGUUGGAACUGAUCUUAAUGCGCAAGAUUGCUACGCCAGAACUGCCUUGCACUAUGCGAUCGAGUUUCACGAACACAUCAUGGUCCAGAUUCUGCUGGAAAAAAAUGCCGACUGCAACAUUUUAGAUGAGGACAACUUCAAGGCUUGGCAGGUCGAGAGCUGGAACGGUGAUGAGAAGUGCCGAUUUUUGGCGAAGGAUACUUAUGUGAAGGCUUUGGAGCAGCAGGGAUUAGGAUCCAAUUCGGCGGAAAUGGAGAGCAACAUGCAGAGGGCUACGGCCGAGAUGUGGGCGAGAUUUUCGAUGGAAUUGCAGGGACUUGAGAUUCAAGAAGAUUGA